CCAAAACUUAGCUUCCGCAGCAUGGCUGCUGCCAAAACGUUCUCCGCGUCGCCAAAGGCACGCUCAAGCUCCUCUAAAGAAGCAUUUGGUAAAAAAGUCAAGGGCGAGAACUUCUAUCGCGAUGCAAAGAAGGUCAAUCGUCUCAAAAUGAUAAACGGCGGCAAGCCUGUGUACAAUCGGGAGGGUAAGAUUGUACAAGCUGCUGCGUUUCAGAAGACGGAGGCAGAGACUCAACCCGGGCGAGUCCAGCCUGACCGUCGGUGGUUCGGGAACACCAGAGUGAUAUCCCAAAAUGCGUUAGAGCAUUUCCGUACCAGUCUUACGUCCAAAGUGCAGGAUCCAUACUCUGUGUUGCUUCGACGUAAUAAAUUACCUAUGGCUCUACUUGACGAGAAAGCCAACCCGCAUACUCAAAAACGUGCACAUAUCGUCGAAACCGAGCCGUUUCAAGAUACGUUUGGACCAAAGGCGCAACGGAAGAAGCCUCGGCUAGACGUCGGUAGCUUUGAAGAACUUGGUCAGUCAAGCGCUGCAGCAGUGGAGGAAGCAGACGCAAAAGCGGCAGAUGCACCCGCAGAUGAGCCAGCAGCUGUCGUAGAAACGGAAGCACCGAUGCCUCAAACCCAUGCAAACCACAUUGAACCUAUAUACUUCAAAGGGACUUCUCGGCGAAUAUACGGGGAGUUGUAUAAAGUCAUUGACUCCUCUGAUGUUAUUCUGCACGUAUUGGAUGCUCGUGAUCCAUUUGGUACGAUGUGCGAAAGUGUUUUAGAGUUCAUCCGGAAGGAAAAGGCGCAUAAGCAGGUCGUGUUAAUUAUCAACAAAUGCGAUCUGGUCCCGAAUUGGGUAACGGCUCGCUAUAUCCAAUAUCUUACACCUCGCUAUGCGACACUCGCUUUCCAUGCUUCACCGAACCAUUCCUUUGGCAAAGGGUCACUUAUUCAACUUCUCCGUCAAUUUUCCCAGCUUCAUUCCGACAAAAAGCAAAUUUCGGUAGGAUUUAUCGGGUAUCCGAAUGUCGGGAAGAGCAGUGUCAUCAAUACUCUGAAAAGUGGCAAAGUCUGCAAAGUCGCACCCAUUCCAGGCGAGACGAAGGUCUGGCAGUACAUUACUUUGACCAAACGAAUAUAUCUAGUCGACUGUCCUGGUAUCGUUCCGACCUCCGCCCAUGACUCUCUUACAUCAACGGUGUUAAAGGGUGUUGUUCGUGUGGAAGCCCUUCCUACGCCUUCCGACCAUGUUCCAGCACUCAUGACGCGUGUAAAACCAUUGUAUCUUUCUCGGACGUAUGGUGUUCCUCUCCCUGAUCCUGACGACCCUACCAAAUCUUGGGAGCCUGAAACUUUCCUCGAUAAACUCGCGCGCAUGAAAGGUCGAUUAUUAAAGGGAGGCGAACCCGACAUCGAAGGCGUCGCAAAAAUUGUUUUGAGCGACUGGGUGCGCGGACGUAUCCCUUUCUUUGUUCCUCCACCCGAACGGCCUGAAGAACUCAAUGAAGUGGAAGAGAGGAAACGGAAGAAGGGCAAGUUAAAAGAGAAAGAGUUUGUACCUGGUGUCACGCAGAAACUUGGUGGUAUCAUUCAGAAGAACACGUUCGUUGGCGAAGAUGUGAAGCCUUUAGAUGAUGUUACAGCUGGAGACGAGGUUGAUGGUGGAGAGUGGACCGGUUUUGGUGCUGACGAUGACAGCGCUAGCGAAGGGUCAAGUCAUAAUCAAGAAGUGGACGAUAGCCAUGCCGAGAAUGAGGGCGAAGAAGAAUUGACAUGGGGAGACGUCUUUCCUGACGAUAGUAAGCCAGAUGCAGCUUGUAACGAUGCGUCUGAGGCCGAAGACGAAGACGAUAAUAAUAACGACGAUUUGGCUGUCGGUGAGGAUCCAGACAUUGCCUCGGAAGAUGAGUCCGACCCAGAGUCGAGGAGGAAACGUAAAGUAAAAGAACCGCGUAUGACAACAAACAAGCGCAAAGCGACAAAUUUCUUUGACACUACAAAUGUCAAGAACAAAAACAGGAAUCGACAGAAGCCUAAACCCGCUGGUGACAUACGUAGACGACCAAAACCUGGAAGACAGAAGUAAUGCUCCAUGUCAAAAUAUGUAGACUAUCAUGUUGUUACAUUGCUUUUAAGUUAUCGCCUUGUUUUUUGUUCCAUCUAUUAAUUAGAAAAGUUCAUGGUUAAGGUACUGAGUAUGCAAGAGUUCUGUAUACAAACUUCAGAUAAUUCUAGAAUCCUCCCUUUCCUAAAUCCCACUCUCUAACGGCACCCUUCUUGCUAUACUUUAUGUCCAUCGCGCUAGUCCCUGAUGCCAUAGUCCACGCCUCACUAGGCUUUAACGACUUGGGUUCCUUCUCCUUUGUUUUCUUCUCCUUAUCUGGAAGUAGACCGAGGCGUUCUAAUCGUUUUCGCUCGGCUUUAUCUUCUCGGCGUUGACGAAUAAUAUCCAGCAUCGCUUCCCAACUUUCGAACUCUGAACCAUCAAUAAGGCCGGUAGCAGGUAUAGUCGGAAGUGUUAAAGGCCCUGUGUCGAGCCUUGGAUCGUAUGAUUCCUCGAAGUAUUUGUCCAUCUUGGAAGUGAUGGAAUCUGAGUGGGGUGUAUACGAGUUGUCCUUUGAUUCUUGCGUACUAGGUGAGGGACGUCUUCGUUUGCGUAGGCGGAUACGCUCGAUGUCCUCCUCUUCGGAAAGUGUAGGGGAUGCAGGUGGUUGUGGGGAAGUACGGGCGGAUUUUCGUGAUUUGAAUUGAGAGGACAGAUCGGCUGGUGAGGCUUUCUUUGGUGGCGAUAGUGAACGGCCAGAGUGUCCAGCUGAACGACUGGUCGCGUGCUUCGAGUCCACAUCUGAGUCUUCGGAUGCAGAGGCAGCUCUGGAAGUGCCAGCAGCUAGAGUAUGGGAUAACGUUGAAAACGCAGUUGUUGGUUCGUCUGUUUCUUUGCCUUUGCCCUUCCAUUUGCUAGAAUCUUCAAGAGUUUCACCGUGCCAUACUGACUUCUGAGAAAGUUCAUGUUUGCGACUAGACCCAAGGCGUUCGUCCGGAGUCCUCGACCUUGAGUGUACCUUAGGCGAUUCGUCCUGUAGCUCGGCCUUCCAAGAACGAUCAUGUCUACGACCAGACCUACGACUCCCAUCUUCCGGACUUCUCGGUCUUGAGCGCCUCCGGUGUUUCUUGGGCGACACUUCAUUUCUGUCCUCCUCGGCAUCUUUGUGUCGCCUCCUGUGGUGGCCGGAACCAUCGUCCUUUCGAACAGGAGAGAGAGACCGGGAACGGCGUCUUCGCCUUUUAUGCUCAUAGUCAUCGUCCUCAUACCGUGAGCUAUCAAUCUCACGCGAAUCUCGACUCCUUCGCCUACGACUACCAUCCCGGUACCUGUCCCAGCUCAUGUCUCUUUUCCGUGAGGAGCCACCCAUGAGUCGGCGCAUACGUCCGGCCUCUGUAGCUUCCAGUGCGCGUGCCCUCCUUUCCCUCCUUUCCUGUUCUUCCCUUUCCGCUUUCACUUCUUGCGCAGCUUCCGCUUGCGCCCUUAGAAUAGCUCUAUUAUGUUCAUCUGUGUUGC